AUGCUGACCUGGAAAUUUCGCUCCGCUAUCCUGGCCCUCUGCAUACUACCCCACGGUUACUCGCAAUUCAUCUCCUCCCUCCCACAGUGCGUCCAAAACUGUAUAACCCAAUCAGACGACGAGAACUGCUCAACCUUAGAUAUCAAAUGUCUCUGCCGGGCCUCAGCAGGCAACUUCCUGCCAGAUCUCAUCACAUGCAUGCACAGCAACUGCGAUAAUAGCUUAGACAACGACGCGUUCCUCAUGCCGCUACAGCUAGCUUGUCAGAUUGCUGGGACGCCGGUUCCGGAUUCUGCGAUGCGGAAUGCGGAGGACCAGGCGAGUAGUUUGGCAAGUCAGGUUACGACGACGGUUACGAUGGGCGGUGAAACGAGUGGGAGUGCAGCGGUGGCCUCUACUACUCCGGGGUCAUCAGAGUAUAUCGAGUAUUCCGUAUCGACUGCUACGAUCACUACAGCACAGGGAGGGUCGACGUUGACACUUGUGUUUCCGGUCACGAUUGAGAGAACAAGUACGCUUUCUGGCUCGCUGUUAACGAAUUUGAUAUCUGCAUCCACAAGUUCCACGUUAUCAUCAUCUGUUUCCCCGACUUCAGGAGUAGCGAGCAGUAGCAGCUUGAGCACUUCGCCGGUAACCACGAAAAUAGCACCUGCAUCGACGAGCUCUGGUGGGGAAGGGGCCAGUAAGAUCUCUUCUGCACAAUCGGAAGACUCGACGAAUAGCUCUCCCUUCAAAGACUCGAAUGUUGGUUCGGCGCAGAGGAGUGCAGAUAAUAAUUGGCUAGGACUGGCUGUUGUGGUUGUUGCGGUGUGUCUGUGGCUUUAG